UAGGGCUCGUGCUGGUGCCGGAGCCUGGGCGGCCUGAGGGGCGCGGAGACUCGCGGGAAGGGAAACGGCAGCAGCAUGGCGGCCGGGCACGAGCCGCCCAACCCUCCUCUUCCCGGCUGUCGCCGCCGCCGCCGCCGGAGUGACUGGGACCCUUUAGUCUGCGUGUUUUAGUGUAAACCCGCUGUCUGCCCUUCAGUCCUUCGGUCUACCCGCCCUGCUUCCUCUCACCGCCACUGCCAGCUCGAGGGUCGGGCCGGCCGGGUAACCCCCACUCCCAACCCACCCCACCCACAAGCUCGCGGGCCGGGACCAUGGAGGACGUGAAGCUGGAGUUCCCCUCGCUCCCACAGUGCAAAGAAGACGCCGAGGUUCGGCGUCGGGGACUCGCUUGAAGUAAGGUUCCGCUUUUAACUGCCAAAGCAGUGGGAGGGAGUGGACCUACCCUAUGAGACGAGAGAUGCAGGAAAUUUUACCUGGACUGUUUUUAGGCCCAUAUUCUUCUGCUAUGAAAAGCAAGCUACCUAUACUACAGAAACAUGGAAUAACUCAUAUAAUGUGUAUAAGACAAAAUAUUGAAGCAAACUUUAUUAAACCCAACUUUCAACAAUUAUUUAGAUAUUUAGUCUUGGAUAUUGCAGAUAAUCCAGUUGAAAAUAUAAUACGUUUUUUCCCCAUGACUAAAGAGUUUAUUGAUGGGAGCUUACAAAGUGGAGGAAAAGUUCUUGUCCAUGGGAAUGCAGGGAUCUCCAGGAGUGCUGCCUUUGUUAUUGCGUACAUUAUGGAAACGUUUGGAAUGAAGUACAGAGAUGCAUUUGCCUACGUUCAAGAAAGAAGAUUUUGUAUUAAUCCUAAUGCUGGAUUUGUCCAUCAACUUCAGGAAUAUGAAGCCAUCUAUUUAGCAAAAUUAACAAUACAGAUGAUGUCGCCACUUCAGAUAGAAAGGUCGUUAUCUGUUCAUUCUGGUACCACAGGCAGUUUGAAGAGAACACAUGAAGAAGAAGAUGAUUUUGGAAACAUGCAAGUGGCGACUGCACAGAAUGGCUGACUCAAGAGCUACGUUAUAGAGGAUGUGAAUUUCUAUUUGGGAAGGAGAAAAUACUAGAGACAGUAAUAAUGUAAAAUGGUAAAAACACAAGUAGUUUCUUUUCAGUUAUAUGUUGCUUCCAGACGUGUUUCUCUGCAACUUGUUGAGCAACAUUUUAAGAGGUUGGACUUCUGCAAUAGAUGGCACUGAUGGUUUUACUCCUUUUUUUUUUUUUAAUUCUUUACAGUUUUAUUAUAAACCAAGAAUUUUGGACUCGCAAAGAGGUAUUAUUGCAAUAACGCACUUUUCAUACUUGAAAUUUAUUUGUAUGAUAUAAAGUUAUUACUUUAAACAAAAUGCAAGUUAGGGGGGAUUUGUUUAUAAAAUCUAGGUAAUUUAUAACAAAAGAAUUUCCUAACAUUUGCUAAAAAUUCAUUUUGUGUUCUACAUAUUUAAAAAUAAUUUUACAGUUCAGUUUUAUGAUGGAGCCUCUUACAGAAACAUUAACAAAGGCAGGGAUCUGCCACAUUUCUUUUUUAGUAUAAUUCAAUAGCUUAAUUACCUUUUAUUUUUUUAAACUUCUUGAUCCCUUAUUAAUAAUCUUUAAAUCAUGACAUUAGCCAACUAUCCUUACUUUAACAUGAUCCAAGUAUUGCUUCCUUUCCUAUUACCUUCCUAAUUUUAUUCUACAGAAAAAAAGUUUAAUGAACAAAGGAAGGUAUUUUGCUUUAUAAUACCAGAUGCUCAAAAACAAGGAGUUUUAAACUUUCAAGUGACUUUCCUUUAACAUUCUUAAAAGCCAAAUGUUGUGUUUGUUCAUUUCAGAGUUAUGUAGACUGUUUUUUCUUUGUCCAAAAUGGUUCUAAAUAGUAAAUAUAAUAGACCAAUGUAGCACUAUUUUUUUCUAAACAAAGCCCAAAAAAGAAAAGUGCCUUGCCUCAUUAGAAAAAAUUUUAAAAAAUAAAUAAAUCCUCAUGACCUCUAAAUUAGUAUGUAGAACAGUGGUAAGUUUUGAACAUCUUCCUGCAAUUUCUGUUUUUUUUUUUUUUAAACAUAAAUUAGCUCAAACUGAAAGUCUUUAAGGCUUGAAGAAACCUUAGUAAAACUAUUUGGAAUAUGGAACAUUUACUCCAUUUUAUACUGUCUUAAUGAUUCUGUCAGUUUGUUCUGACUUAGAUGCUUUUCUUUGAGGAUGCAGUUAUUGGAGAAAGUGAUUAUGGAAGAGUCUGGUGUAUUAAAAAUUAGUAUUGUAAUCAAUACAAUGUAAUCUUUACGCUGAGUUAAUCCAAAUUUCCCCCCAUAAUUUGCAUUAGAGUCACUUUAUGGAUCCUAGGUUCUCCAUGUUUUUAUUUAUACAUAUAAAAACUGUUCUAAGAAAAACUUUUGCUAUUUUAAGAAUGAUGUUGGGGAGGAGAGGAGUGUUUUGAACUUUUUAUAGUUGAUGACUUAGGGUAGCACAAACAAAACUUCUUUGUAUCUUACUUUUCUCAGUCCUCUCUGGAGGUGCUCUACUGAUGGGAAUGUUUUCCAUACAUUCCCUUAGUACCAAUAGGUACUAUGCAAGGUAACCUAUUACACCAAGUUACCUACUUUGCUUUCCUCCCUUAGAUUUAAUAAUACAGUGUAAGCUUUUUUAAUCCAGCAUAGCAGGAGAGUGGAAGUGAAUCAAAAUUGCUUUAUUAAUUGUUAAUUCCUGUUGACCCAGGUGGUAUUCCUUUUCUGAUUUCCCUUCCCUUCUACUGUUUUACCACCCUGACAACAGCAUAUUGUUAAUCCCAUGUGGUCUCGUAUUCUGUUGUGUGAUUAGGUCAUUGGGUGUGGUGGUCUAGUAUAGUCAAGAUUUGCAUUGAGUGCUCUGAAAUUCCAGUUGGUAAAGUGCCAGAUAACACAGCUUUCCUGUAUAUAGAUCACUAUUGGGUAGAUCAGCAAAGUCUCUUUUGCAGUCUCUUAAGCUUUGAUGCUUCAUUCAGCAAAAAUUGCUUAAAAGGAUCUUCAUACUAGUACAUGUAGGUCUUAAAAAUGAGGCAGUUAAGAUUUUUUUUAAAUUAAUUUCUUAAAUACACAUAUCCUCUCCAGUAGUCUGGCCAUGAAUACAAGUUUGGUUAUUUAUUUAUUUAUAGCUGGUAAUUUUCCACUUUUUCUAACCACUGUAACUUUUAUGUUGUCACUGAAGUGCCUGCCCAGCACUGUAUAGUAAAGACUGUCUCUCACAAACACUAGAAAAAGGGAUUGUCAUCUUCUUGAGUACUAAUUAGUAUGGACAAAAUGUUUGUUCUUUCUUUCAUAUAAGAACACUGCAAGUUUGUUUUAUCUUGGGUCCAUUCGUCUACCUAAUGUUGAGCUAGUUCUUCUGGUAGCUCUUCCUAUUCUUCUUUCGGGCUCUAUUUCCAUAAUUCCUUUAUUUCCACUGUUGUUUUGUGAUAGUUAACCAAUCAUGAUUUGUUUUCUAGAAUAUUCAAAUAAUGUAUGUGUGAUGUAGCACCCAAUUUUAAACAUUAAAUAUUAAUCUGGGCACAGAAUUUAAAAUGACAUCACAUCAAAAUAUAGAAAAACUAUUUAUUGUCCAUUUUGAAUGAAACAUAAAUAUUGAAAAUAUUCAGAUUGGAAUGGCAAUAUUUUAACUCUCUAAUUUUAUUUCAUUGGUUUGUGUUAAUUUCUUAUAAAUAUUUAAACAGCACUUAUUUGUAUCUAUGUUGGAAAGGUUAAACCGUGAUAGCUUUUGCUACCAACUCUCAACCACUUAACUUUCUGAGUAGAAUAUUUGUUUUGGGAGGAUUUUGUGCUUCAUCUGAGUUUAGAAGUAAUGUCAUAAAAUGUUAAGCAUGUCCUUUUAAAGAAAAUAUAAGGUUUCUAAUUGUCUUAUUACCAUGGUAAUUCAAGUGACCUAGAAGUAUUUAACUGCAAUCUUGAAUUAUAAAGUUGGGAUGCAAAUAUAGAGAUAUAUAUCAAAAUCUCAACUUGAUGUAAAGUAAAUGAGCAGUUACCUGGCGGAUUUUUUUUCCCAAAUAACUGUUUAACCAUAAUUUCAUAACAAACUUAGCUUCAUUUCAAUAUUUAUUUUGUCCAUUCAUCAGUGCUCCAAAAAGGAAAUGAUAGGAAAUAGCUGAAAGUUACUAAAAGGUUUUUUUUUUUUUAUUGAUUAGAAAAAUAAGUUUCUAGGGUCUUUGAAUGCUGGAUUCUUUUUGUCUUACCCAUCCAUGGCAGCUAAAAAAAUCACUCAAAAUAUUCAGGUUUACAUGUUAGCUCUCUCAUAGGGAGUUGCCAUACCUCACAAUUCAAAGUGUAUUCUAUGGAUCAGUAACAUUAUACUGACAUGUAAUUGCAAUUUACUAUGCAGCAAAAAUGAUUCAAGAAGAAAAACAACCUACAGUGUCUAUUUACCUUUGUAUAGGCAACUGCUUAAGUUACUCUGCUUUUAACAUUUGUACUUGGAUAAAAUGCUUAUGUAUGUAUAGGAAUGUCACAGUGCAAAUGCUGCUAGCUCAGGCACAAAGUAUUAAAAUUAUUUUGUGAAGAUUGGUGGUUGUAUUAAAACUGUUGUGCCAUUAUACCUCAAAAA